AGGAUCCAUAAUAUUUUUUUUUCAACAUAAUUCGAAAGGACAAUUAUUUUGUGUGAUCAAAGGUUCAGCAACUUUUUUUUUUAGCUAGAUACGAAAUCAAUCUGGAUUAAGACCUACAACUUGUCUGAUGUUAUAGACGCUGAUUUCAGUGUAUUUUUAUAACUGCGUCCUUGACUUUUGUGGACAGCCAUGUCGGUGAAGAUGACAUCAUAUAACCUCUGGCCUGACGGUCAUGUAGCAGGCUUUCCGAGCACUGCUAAGAACGGGUAUUCCAAAGACGCCUCCAAUGGCAGUGUCAGCCUCAGCAACAUCAGCUACGCGGACUCUGAGUCUCAACUUCAGCAAGACACAGCUAAUGAUGAGGAUGACAGGGGCCAGUGGGGCAACAAGGCCGAAUUCGUUUUGUCGUGCAUUGGGCUUUCUGUUGGGCUAGGCAAUGUUUGGAGAUUCCCCUAUCUUGCUUACGAGCACGGUGGAGCGGCUUUCCUGAUCGCAUACAUCAUACUUCAGCUCUUGAUUGGUAAACCAAUGUAUUUCAUGGAACUGGUCAUGGGUCAGUACUCUGGGAGUGGACCAACUAAAGUCUGGAGAAUGAAUCCUGCCGCUAAAGGUGUUGGCAUAUCUAUGUGCAUCAUCUCCGUGAUAGUGGCCAUCUAUUACAACAUCAUCAUGGCCUACACUCUACUUUUCUUUUUCUCUUCCAUGCAAGCGACGUUACCCUGGACACAGUGUGCCGAGGAAUGGGUGACUGCGUACAACUGUGUGACCACUAGAAGUAUGAGCCUCUCCAAGUGUACUGACAACAUCACGACCAACUUCAUGAUGGGCAGCUGCUCGUGUACAGGCAACUCAACAAUUGACAACUCUUCCAUGCCCCUAAACAUGACCUGCUCUCCGGAGAUAAAAACCAGAACGGCGGCAGAACUGUUCUUCUACAAAGAAGUAAUUCAGAAAUCCGAUGGUAUUGAGCCUGAUCAAAUGGGCGCUCCUCUCUACAAACUGGCGUUGUGUCUCCUUUUGUCUUGGAUUGUCGUUGUCAUAUGUUUAAUUAAAGGAAUCAAAAGUUCAGGCAAGGUUGUUUAUUUCACAGCCACUUUUCCUUAUGUCAUCUUGCUAAUAUUGCUUGUACGCGGCUCUCUGUUGGACGGUGCCCUGGAUGGCGUCAAGUUCUUUAUUAUACCAGACUGGGAUAAGCUAGCAGACAUCAAGGUAUGGACGGCAGCUGCAGGUCAGAUGUUCUUCUCUCUCAGUGUCUCGUUUGGUGGUAUCAUCAUGUUUGGCAGUUAUAACAAGUUUACUAACAAGGUGUAUUAUGAUUCCUUACUUAUAAGUGUAAUGGAUCUGAUUACAAGUGUUAUAGCAGGCUUUGUGGUUUUCACCACAUUUGGUGGCAUGGCCAGAUCAGUUGGCAAGUCUGUGAAGGAUGUAGCUGAAGGAGGUUAUGGUCUAGCUUUUGUUGUGUACCCAGAAGCUUUGUCCAAUCUUCCGCCAUCCCAGCUGUGGUCAGUGUUGUUUUUCUUUAUGUUGUUUACACUGGGACUUGACUCAGAGUUUGGCCUGAUGGAGACUGUAUUAACUUGUAUACAAGAUGAGUUCCCUAAGACUAGAAAAUAUAAAAGCUACAUCUGUGUUGGUCUCAGCAUUGCUUGUUUCUUUUUGGCAUUGCCUUGUACAUGUCCUGGAGGUGAUUAUGUAGUCACCAUCAUGGACCAUUAUGGUGCAGAUUUCUCUGUUCUUAUAUUGUCAUGUAUAGAAGUGAUCUCAGUCAUGUGGGUUUAUGGUGUCAUGAGGUUUUUGAAAGAUAUAGAAUAUAUGCUUGGCUCCAGGCCCCAUGGCUGGCCCUACUGGGUCUUCUGUUGGACCAUCACCUCACCCCUUCUCAUUGGGCUUUUGUUCCUGUACAGAAUGAUUGAGUACUCCCCACCUACUUACGCUGGUGGAGCCCCUUACCCCCAGUUUGCGCAGGCCAUUGGUUGGGCCUUGCUUUCCUUUGCCCUCUGUCCUGUGCCUUUAGUCUUUUUCUGGCGACUCUUCAAGUCCUUCCAAGCACAAGAAGUGAACACCUUCACAGAUGUAAGUACAGACCAACAGAAGAGAAUUGGUCACUUACAGCAAGUUCUUUUCUUUACUACUGUACAACAUUGGUUUUUAAAAAUAGAUUUUCACUAACUAAUAAUACCACUUUUCAUAUUUUUCUUUUAUUUGUUAGUAUUUUUGUCAUUUUCUAUUUUCUUUUACUGUUACUGAACUAUUUAAUCGUGUCUUACAGUUUAUUCUCCAUUUCCUCGAAUCCAUUUUAUUUUUUAUCACUCACCAAUCCAGUUAAUCUAUACUAUAAGGUAGAAAGUAAGGCGUAUGUAUGUAUGUCCCGCAUAGAAAUCAAAAUCGUUUGACCAAUCUUAAUAAAACUUGGCACAAAUGUUACUUAGAUCAUAGCAGAGACCAUAGUUUAUGUUUAAUAUCUCUCCCACAACCGCCGCCCCCCCCC